AUGACAUGCAGCAACGAGAGGCAACAGCUCGUGGAGGAGCGAGAUUGUGCUGUCGAGCAGCUGCGGUGGAUGGAGGCAUCGAGGGACGACCUAGCACGCCAGCAGGGACAGUACAAGGGCAGGAUAGCAAAGCUGGAGGGAGCCAUCAGUUCUGGAGAGAAAAGGCUGCAAGCCACGAUAGUGGAAUUGGAAACCACCAAGGUAAGGCAGAGGCAGGAGUUGACGGAGUUUGCCUCGCUUGAACACAAGGCAGCUGCAGACGCAGAGAGUUCUGUCGGCAGCCAGAUCGCACAGCUGGAGGCCAGGCUGGCAGAGCAGACAGCAGCACUGGAUGGAGCGCGCAAGGAAGCUGCAGAUGCGCAGGCCUCCUUGCGCACUACACAGUCUGAGCUCAAGAAGGUGACAGAGGCACACGCCCCAUGCGGAGCAGCUGCCGCCAAAGCGCAGCAGGAGCUGACUCUUCUGCGCUCGCAUGUGCAGCAGCUGGCACAAGACCGUGCGCAGGCUGCUAACAACAUCAGGAUUGCUGAGAAAGAGGUGGAUCUCAUUCACCAGGCCAACGAGCAAAUGUUCCGGUACUUGAACUAUGUGCGGUCGCGCCUUGGGACACAUAUAGCCGAGCUGCAGCAGACACCGGACCUGCUGCACCUGCUGAAAGACCUGCACAAGUGGUGUGCACAUGAGAGCAGAGGGAGGGCGCUGACAACACCGAUGCAGGCUCCUCAGCCGUCCAAGACACCAGGCCUCACCCCUGCACCCAAGGGAUUUGCCUCCAGGACCCCUGUUGCCUCUCGCUCGAGGCUUGGCCUCUUUGGGGCCUGA